AUGAAAGACUUUAGUGGCCUUUAUUAUAUAUCUGAUUCGUUAAUUUUUAUUGAUAACAAAUAUGCUAUGUUUCGUUUUUCUUUAGAUGAUGGUCCAAUACAAUUUGCUGCAAAAAAUCCUCGAAAACGUUUAAAAUCAUCUCCAUAUGCUACAGCACAUUCAUAUCCAUUAUGUGGUGUAUCAUUUGAUUCACUUAAUACACGUCUUAUAUCAUGUGAUAUUAAUGGAAAUAUCAAAUUAUGGCGUUUAAAAACUAAAACAUUAAUUUCAUCAACAUCGAUUAUCGAUCAAGAUAAUUCAAAUUCAAAGAUUCAUAUAACUAAAAUGAUUGUACAUCGUGAUAGUGGUCUUAUAUCACUUGCUUUCAAUGAUUAUACAAUAAAAAUCUAUGAUUUUGAUACAAUGAUAUGUAAAUGUAUUCGUACAUUUUCACAAAAUACACAUACAAAUGAUAUAACAGCAUUAGCAUUUAUGCCUGAUGCACGAUGGUUAUUAACAACAUCAUUAGAUAAAACAAUGCGUAUAUGGGAUAUACCAAGUGGACAAUUAAUUGAUACAUUAGAAUUUGAUCAAGCAAUAAUGACAAUCGCUGUAAGUCCAAAUGGUGAUAUGUUAGCAACAGGACAUACAGAUGCAUUAGGUGUUUAUUUAUGGUCAAAUCGUUCAAUGUUUGGUGGUUCAAUAAUAAAUUCAACAACAGAACAAUUAUUAGUUGGAGAUUUUCAAUCACCUGAACAAAUAUCAAAAAAUUUAAUCACACUUUCAGCAUUACCGGAAUCAAAAUGGAAAAAUUUACUUGUACUUGAUACAAUACGUCAACGUAAUAAACCAAAACAACCAAUAAAUAUUCCAAAACAAGCACCAUUCUUUUUACCAACCGUAUCAAAUUUACGUGGAUUUGUUUUUGUUAAUGAAGAUGAAGAAAAUAAGAAAAAAGAUAAAAAACAAACACAUAUUAAUGCAAUUCAACAAUUUCUUUAUCAAUCAUCAUUAACAAAUUUACUUGAUCAUCAUCAAAAAAAUACAACAUUAAUAACUGAUUUUAUGAAUCUUUUCAAAGAUCUUGGUAUGGCUAAAAUUGAAUAUGAAUUACGUUGUUUAUCACCUGAUCAAGGUGGUUCAUUAGAACGUAUGUUUACAUUUAUCGAUAUACUUCAUCACGCAUUUGAUUACAAACAAAAUUAUGAUUUAAUAAGUUCCUAUUUAGCACUUUUUAUUCAAUUACAUGGAACAAAUCUUCUAUGGAAAAAUGAUGAAUUAAUUGAAAAAAUUCGUAAGAUCCAAUUAAAACAAAAAGAAACUUGGAAUAAUAUACAACGACAAUUAAAUACAUCAAUUGCACUUGUUAAGUAUAUUAAAAGUGUUACUACAAUUUAG